CAAAAAUUUCAAAAAUUUCUCCAGAUCAUGUAAUAAAUUCUGAUUCCCCCAUUAAUCACAAACAUCUUCUUUCCCGUGCCCAGAACCUCAGUUUCGGUUCUGUCUCAAUUCAAAAAAAGAAAGAGUCAAUCCGACGAUUUCUCAUCUUUCUGUGUUUGAAUUUGAUCACACAUCAAUCAAAACAUCUUCUUCCCCUUGCCCAAGAGCUCAAUUUCUUCGAAUUUGAUCCAAAUUCGAAGUUUUAUUACCAGAAGAGUCUCUCUCUCUCUAUGAUCUUUUCAUCUCUUCUUGUCUUGUCUCGAUAGCUAAUGAUUGAAGAUUUUACUUUCUCGGAAAAAACAAAAGAAAAAGCUCUCACCUUUCCUGUUCAAAAUCUUGAAUUCAUCACUCUUGCCACGUAAAUCCUUCUUUCUUCCAUCGAUGGGUAACUCAAAAGACAGGAUCAAACUCAACGUUGGCGGUCGAAUCUUCGAAACGACAUCAACAACCCUCGCAAACGCAGGUCGCGACUCCUUCUUCGGCGCCUUAUUCGACGACGAAUGGAACCUCUCCCCUCCCAAAGAAGACCUCUUCAUCGACAGAAACCCAGACUGCUUCGCCGUCCUCCUCGAUCUCCUCCGCACCGGAGACCUCAACGUCCCCGCCAACAUCCCCGAGCGUCUCCUCCACCGAGAAGCCUCCUUCUACGGCCUCCUCCACCACGUCCGAACCUCUAAAUGGGGCCCGUUCGACGGCAACCGUCUUCGUUUAUCCGAUUCCGUCAAAGGAAUCGCUCCCGGAGACGGAACGGCCGUCAGAGCAGGACCUGACGGCGGUUGCUGCGUCGCGCACGGGAGCGUCGUCCACGUGUUUGACUGGAUGCUUGAGGAGCAUUGCCCGAUCAAUCUCGAUUACCAGAGGGUUAACGAUGUUGGCUGGAUUGAUUCAGACAACAUCGUACUCUCUGCUUGCGAGAAGCUUGGGAGAGGAGACGGUGGGAUGGGUUUGUUUAGUUCUUCUACCGGUGAUCUCCGGUAUAAGUUUCAGGUAUGUCAUGAGAAUCAAGUGAAGAGUUAUACAGCUGGAGCUUUGAGCUUUAAUCAGGAUUAUAAGAUCUUUUCUAGCUGUAAAGGUAGGAGUAAUGAGUAUGGGAUUGGAGUUUGGGAUCAGAUAACCGGGAAGCAAACCGAUUUUUUCUACGAGAGUCCCGGUUGGUCACUUGGUGAUGCGGACAAGCUUCAGUGGUUGAACGGUAUGAAUUGUCUUCUUGUCGCUACUUUGUUUCCGAGGAAAGAUAACUGUUACAUUAGUCUGUUGGAUUUUCGGGACAAGAACAUGGUUUGGUCUUGGUCGGAUAUUGGGUCUCCUAUGGCGAUAGAUGAGAAGAGGGUGAGGGAUGCUAUAGCUAUGGAAGAUAGCAACUCUAUUUGUGUGGUGAAUGAGUUUGAGGAUUUGGGGUUUAUUGAUCUGAGGAUGUAUGGAGGUAGCGUGAGGUGGAGUUCGAGGAGUAGAUUGAUGAAAAGCAAGAUGCCUGACGAGCCUUGUUACCCGAAACUGGCGUUGCAUGAAGGCCAGCUUUUCUCUUCGAUGAAUGAUUCUAUCUCUGUGUUUUGUGGACCUGAUUGGGUUUUGACUUCUAGGCUGAGGAGAAGCUAUGGUGGCUCAAUCUGUGAUUUCUCCAUUGGUGGAGAUCGGCUUUUCGCAUUGCAUAGUGAAGAGAAUGUGUUUGAUGUGUGGGAGACUCCACCUUCUCCGAUUAUCUGAUUUGAUUCAUUGAUAUUGUGGUCUGUUUUUUUUUUUUUUUCAUGUUUGCUUGUUUUGGUUUGUGUUUUUACAGUUCGUAGAAAACUACUGAAAAAAAUAGCAAUAGACAAAGAAUACGGUAGCUUUAGACUGAUCCUAGUUUUGUUCAAUACAAAUUAUAUAUUGUGUUCUUAUGACCUUUGUGACUAUUCAGAAGAACAAACUUUACUGAUUUUAUCGAUCUUUUGGCUCUUAAAUCGAUCAAAGGAAAGCCAGUCUUUUACUCAGUUUGAGUUGUAUCCUCAGUAUGCUUUAUCUAAUCCUCUUUUGAUUUAUAGCUUUUGCGCUGUCAAAGCUGCGAAGAGCAU